CACACAGACCAAUAACGAUGCGGAUUUGGUUCCGUGCGUUGCCGUUGUGUCACCAACUCACUGCGGACCGUCGGUCGAGCGCGCACACGGUUCGCUGUUUCACGAUGGCUGCCCUGAAGAAAGUCUGCGUCGUCGGCUCUGGAAAUUGGGGUUCUGCCAUUGCCAAGAUAAUAGGUGCCAAUGCUGCUCAGAAUCCAAAAUUUGACAACGUCAUAAAAAUGUGGGUAUAUGAGGAGCUGGUGAAUGGGCGCAAACUGACUGACAUUAUCAACACUGACCAUGAAAAUGUGAAGUACCUUCCUGGGCACAAGCUUCCAUCAAAUGUGGUGGCAGUGCCAGAUCUGGUGGAGGCGUCCAGCGAUGCAGACAUUCUGGUGUUUGUGAUCCCACAUCAGUUUAUUGGCAAAGUGUGUGACACCAUCAAAGGCAAGAUAAAGUCUGAUGCACUGGGGAUAUCACUAAUCAAGGGUGUUGACGAGGGGCCUGACGGACUCAAACUCAUCUCUGAUGUGAUACAGGAGAAGCUUGGUAUCGACAUGAGUGUGCUGAUGGGGGCUAACAUUGCUAACGAGGUUGCUGAUGAGAAGUUUUGUGAGACUACCAUCGGAUGUAAGAACAAAACCCACGGGGCUCUUCUGAAGGAGCUCAUGCAGACCAACAACUUCAGAGUGACAGUAGUCGAGGAGUCUGACGUAGUGGAAAUCUGUGGAGCCCUGAAGAACAUCGUUGCAGUUGGGGCAGGGUUCUGUGAUGGUUUGGGUUUUGGGGACAACACUAAGGCAGCAGUCAUCCGGCUGGGCCUGAUGGAAAUGAUCGCCUUUGCACGAAUCUUCUGUACCGCUGGAACAGUCUCUUCUGCAACAUUCCUAGAAAGCUGUGGGGUGGCCGACGUAAUCACAACCUGCUACGGUGGCCGCAACCGCAGAGUAGCUGAAGCUUUUGUCAAGACUGGGAAGUCUAUCGAGGAACUGGAGAAACAGAUGCUGAAUGGCCAGAAGCUACAAGGACCAGCGACAGCAGCUGAAAUCCAUGUCAUCCUCAAGCACAAAAACCUAGUUGACAAGUUUCCACUGUUUACUGCUGUAUAUCAGAUCUGCUAUGAGGGCCAUCCAGUCAAAGAGUUCAUAAGCUGUUUGCAGAACCAUCCAGAGCACAUGUAAAAGCAGACCAAGUGCCUUCUAAAUCAUGAACACCACUUCUCCUGUCCUUGUCAGAAAUGGAUAGGGGUGACCACUCACUCCACACAACGUGGCUCCAACCAGUGGAAUUAAUUUUCCUGCCUCACCUAGGUUAUGUAACAGUUGUACGUUCAGCUGUAAUUUGUUUACCUUAGUCUUACAAUCAUUUACAUGAAAUGGAAAAAG